AUGAUGCGGCUGUGCUCGACACCUUUAGCACAUUGCUUUGUGCUGAAAAGCGUCCCUCACGCCCACCUGCUGCAGCCCGUGUUGCGCAGCUUGCUUUGCGUCAUGGCGGCCUUGGCCUGUGUAGUGCCGCUGCACGCGCCACCUGCUUUCUGGUUGUCGUGGGCUGAUGCAUUCAUUGUUCUGUCCGGGCACUCUUCCUGCAAGGUCUGGCACGGGUUUUGGAUACCCAGAACUUCUCUGGACCUGCUCGAAGCCACUGUGCUCGUCGCGGCCGGCUUCCACACCCCUCCUUGCUACACAGGUCCGCUUCCUCCCGGGCGGCCGUUUGGAGGUAUGCUACAACGCAAAGCUAUGGAAGCCUUCAAGACCACAGGCUCCGAGCAGUGGCCGCCGCGCCUCUGCCAGUGGCUAGCCGCCUCGCUAGUUCACACCUGUCGGGACUCUGCUACGACUGCUUUGGUGGGGGACCAGACAGAGCUACAGGAGCCACCAAGGACUUCCACGAUGGGGGGGGCCUCUGCUGCCCUGGACGCUGGAGGGCGGACGCUAGGCAUGCAGGACACCAAUGAGCAGGACGAAGAUCUGCACCACCAGCUAAGGCGACUCUGGCAGAAUUGGCUAGAAGCCCAGGACCUGGGGGAGCCUGACUUGCUACACAAAGCAAAGGGCCAGACUCCCCACGUCUUCCCUGGGCUAGCCUGGGUUCCCAACUACGCCUUUGUCGAAGAGCACCCGAUGGCUAAGAUGACGCUCCGGGAAUUCAAGGAGCGCUACGGGGAGAACAGAGCUAUCGCUAGCCUAGCGGUCAUCGUGGAGGAUGAGCUAAAGGAUAAGAAGCCCAUCAUCCACGACGCUACUCACGGGGUCCGUGUCAACCACAGCAUAAAGUGCCGAGACAAGAUCCGGGCUCCGGGCGCUAGAGAGAAGAAACAGCUACUCCGAGAAAUGAUAGAUGAGGAGACUGUCGCUUUCUCGGUGGUGGGGGAUAUUGCUAAGGCCCACCGUCGCGACAAGCACCAGGCCUCCGAGCACGGCUUCUUGGGGUGCCAGCUAAGCACGGAGGAGACGAUUCCGUUGGACCCGGACAGCCAGCUAGUGUACGUGAACCUGGUUGAGACCUUCGGCCUCUCGAAGAAGCGGGCAGACUGGCUCGUGGAGUGGCUAGAAGACAAAGCGGUGAGAGGAAAGGUCUCGGCUAAAGACUUCGCACAGGGACUGGGGCGACUCGGCUUUGCAGCUAUUGCACUGGACUGGGAACGUGGCUCGCCGGGAGGCUAUCCACAGGCCCAGGAGAGCUGGGCACCUUGGGCCUUCGCGAAAGGGGACCCGAACAAGGUCAUCGCAGUCCUGCCAUGGGUACCGGAAGGCUCCGAAAAGAAAACCUCCCGCGUUGCUAUUCGCGGCUACACGGACAACAAGUCCAACGAGGCACUGCUAAGAAGGGCGAUGACAACGAAGUUUCCAUCGACUUUGCGAUUGAUGGAGACAGCGGAAGAGCUGUCAGCUAAGAACGGCGAACUUCAGUUCCAAUGGGUCCGGAGAGAUCUGAAUCAGCUAGCGGACGACUUGACGAACGAGAACUUCGAUAGCUUUAUCCCGAAUUUCGGAUCAAGCUAG